AUUGAGUUUCAAAUUGGAUUUUUUGGAAAUGUUACGUCGGUGUUGAAUUUGUUGAAAGUGGUGGUGGGCAGAGCAACAAGCUGAUAUGUCCUGUGCUGGUUUUGACUUUGGAAAUGCAAACUGUUUGGUAGCUAUAGCAAGAAGAGGAGGUAUCGAUGUGUGCACAAAUGAAGUGUCUAAUAGGACGACACCUUGUUUGGUGGCUUUUUCGGGGGAAUCUAGAAGUAUUGGGGAAAGUGCCGUUAGUUCGGUAGUACAGAACUUUAAAAAUACUGUGACUGAGGUGAAGAGACUAUUGGGACGUGCAUACGACGACCCCGAAGUGCAACGUCAGCUGAAGAGAAGCUUUUUUGAGAUAGUGAAAGAAGAGGACGGAAGAACAGGAAUUCGUGUACAAUAUGGGGCAAACGGAGAGAAGCAAAUCUUCUCUCCCGAAGCUAUCGUUGCAAUGAUACUGACAAACUUGGGAGAAACCGCCUCCGCAGAAUAUGGGUCCACUGUCAAGGAUUGUGUAAUAUCUAUACCAGCGUACUUUACUGACGCUCAACGUCGUGCUAUGAAGGAUGCCGCAAAGAUAGCAGGGUUUAAUACAUUGCGUCUUUUCCACGAACAUGCUGCUGCAGCGUUGAGUUAUGGGCUCUAUAGAACGGCAGAGUUGCCGGAUAGUGACCCUUAUAAAGUUGCCAUUGUUGAUGUUGGGAAUUCAGCGACCACUGUAUCAAUUGUUGGGUUUCUGAAGACCAAGCUUACAGUUUAUUCUGUAGCUUUUGAUAGCAACUUGGGUGGAAGAGAUUUUGAUGAAGUAUUAUUCGAUCAUUUUGCUUCAGAGUUUGACAAAAAAUACAAGCUUGACAUUAGAAGUAAUCCUCGUGCAACUAUUCGUCUUAGAGUGGCAUGUGAGAAGCUUAAGAAAGUUUUAAGUGCCAAUCCGGAAGCUCCUUUAAAUGUGGAAUGUAUAAUGAAUGAUGUUGAUGUUUCUGGCUAUCUGAAACGUUCAGAAUUCGAACAAAUGUCAGAAGAACUUAUCAAGAGAAUUUGUUUGACGUGUCAGAAAGCAUUGGAAGGCGCGAACGUGCAGGUGCAAGAUAUUCAAUCUGUCGAAGUUGUCGGAGGAAGCUCCCGAAUUCCUUCUCUGCAAAAUGCCUUGGAGCAAUUUUUUGGAAGAAGUGUAAUGAAAACACUGAAUGCAGAAGAAACAGUUGGUAGAGGAUGUGCCUUGCAGGGUGCCAUUAUUUCUCCAGCGUUUCGUGUUCGACCAUAUGCUGUGGAAGAUGUGAUGCCUUACCCAAUAUCGAUUCAUAAGCGUUGUGAAGAUUCAGAGGAACGUAUUCAGUUGUUCACGAGAUUCAAUCCUAUUCCAAGCUUGAAACAACUAACCUUUACAGUACCAUAUGCUCCAGUUGAACUUACUGGAUAUUAUGAGAAUUCGGAGGUCGCGCCUAUCGGUGGGAGUGGGAUAACGAAGUUUGUGUUAGAAGCUCCCAAAAAGAAAGAUAGUGAGAAGGAUAUGGCCAGAGUGCGAGUUCGAGUAAAGCUCACUGCAGAUGGGAUUCUUGCUUUGCACUCUGCUUAUUCACUUGAAGAAUUCGAGGAGCAAGUCCAGAAGAAUGAAGAAGGAAAACAUAGUGUUUCCAAUGAAAGAGAGAACCCAGAGAAGACUAAUGAUAAGAUGGAUAUAUCCGAUCAAGCAAAUUCCAACGCAGAAAAGGGAGACCCCAACGUUCAAUCAGAACAAAACGGCAAUGUUACUGUUAAAGUUGAAGGAAAUUCGACUGAAAAUUUACAAGCCGAUCACUCAGCAGCAAUGUCUGACAGCAACAACACUGCGAAUGAGACGGAGAACAAGGAAACUACAGAAAAAGGAAAGCCUGAUUCACAGAUCAAGAAAGUUAAGACAAAGCAGAUAGAUCUCAAAUUUGAUGAAACUCUUUGUUUUGGUGGUUUCAGUGAUAGUCAAGUGGAAACAGCACGUGCAGCAGAAUUGGAGAUGCGAGCGCGUGACCGCUAUUUGCGAGAUAGAAGUGAUGCGUUGAAUUCUUUGGAAUCGUACGUGUAUGAUAUGAGAAAUAAUUUAUCAGAAUAUGGUGGACCUUUGAAGGACUUUGUUUUAAGCGAAGACAGAGUUCGCUUAUUAGAAGAACUAGACUCUCUGGAAAACUGGAUCUAUAGUGAUGAAGCUUCCAGUGCUUCGAAAAGUGUGUUUACGGAAAAACUAGCUUCUAUUAAGAGUAGAGGGGAUGCCAUUGUCCAACGCAAGUUUGAAUGGGAGACAAGACCAGAAGCUAUUGCAGAACUGCAAAGAGUUUGUGAUAUGUAUCGUUCUUUGGCUUCCUCUACUAGUGCCGAGUUUGAACAUAUCACAGAAGAAGAUAGAAAGAAGGUUACGGACAAGACACAAGAAACAGAAAAUUGGCUCGCUAAACAAGUCCCUCUUCUGGAGAAACUGCAGAAACAUGAAGACUGUCCAGUUACUGUAGCACAAAUUCGACAAAAGAGCAAGGCAGUCGAACAGUUUUGUCAUCCUAUUAUGUAUCGUCCUAAACCUGCUCCACCAAAGAAGAGCAAGGAGCAAUCAUCAUCGGGAAAUGGUGAUGCCCAAAAGGAUUCUUCAGAAAAGAUGCAAACUGAAACCGCAGAAAAUGAAAAAGGUGUAGAGAAUGGAAAAGGCACGGAGAACAAGGACUCAGGUGAUGCAAUGGAAACUGAACCAACGCAGACGUGAUACUUAUUCUUUUUAAUAAAGCAACUACUGCUGUUCCUGAUGAAAUUUUCCAAUAGGCCAUCUUGCUUGUACGUCAAUUUCUUUGAUAUUAUCUUGAAUACCGAAACGCAAUCUUUCGACUCCAGCCCAAGCCGUCAUGACUCCGUUAUCUGUACACCACUGAUGUGGAGCAACACCGAACUGGAAAUGAAAUUUUUCUGCUAAUUGCUGACAACAUGAACGAAUAGACUCAUUGCUUGCCACUCCUCCGGAAAGUAUCAAGUCUUUCGUAUCUUUUUCAUUUUCUAAGCACCACUCCAGUGCUCUUUGGGUCUUUUCAUAGAGAUGUAAAACGCACGCCUUUUGAAACGAGGCAGCAAUAUCAUUUCUCAAUUGAGGACGCUCUUUCAACAUCUCUGUUCCACCCAAAUCUCGAACAAGCAAAGAAACCGCUGUUUUCAAGCCAGCAAACGAAAAAUUCAUGUCUCUCCUUUUCGACAUCGGAACUGGAAGAUGAAAGGCUUCUGAAUUUCCAUCUUUUGCCAACUGCUCCACCAAUGCUCCUCCACCACCUCCUGAUGAAAGCCCUAACAACCUUGCUACCUUGUCAUAAGCUUCACCCAUAGCAUCAUCUAAAGUGCCUCCCAAGACAACAAAUUCCUCAACUCCUUUACAUAAUAUAA